CUCUCACAAAUCACAAUAUCUAUCUGUCUAUCUAUUUCUCUGUGUUUCAUUCUGAUUUUGGUUUCGAAAUUGAUCGAAUUGGUCUAGAUCCAUGGACCCCAAAGAACGCGAAGAGCUCUGCGACACUGGACCUGAAGAAGAAACAGUGGCCCGUCAAAAGAACCGUUCGAGACGCGUUAGCUUCGCGGAGAUUACUUCAGUUCACGUUUUUGACAGAGAUGAAGAAUAUGAGACGCCUCGAGACUCCAAACCUAACUCUGAGAACUCGGAAACAGCAGAAGCAAACGAGGAUUUAGGGUUUCUGAGCGAUCUCGGCGGCAGCGAUGAUUGGAAGGAGUUAACACAGAACGGAGAAGACGACGAGGACGAUAAUGAUGAUGAGAGGAAGGCAAUCGUUCGAGAUAUGGAUUCAUCUUCUCCGGGAAGUGCCAUCGGUUCUGCCACCUCUAAUGACGAAGAAAUUUUUUUUGGCCCUGUAUCAGCAAGUUUUAUUAAAUCUGGACAGACAUCAGACUCUGCAGCCUCUGGUAAUAACCAUGAUAUUACUCUGGAUUCCACUGCCUUUUCCAUGCAUUUUCGUAGCCUUGCGCAGUCUGUCUCCGGAGGAGAAUUUAAGACACCAUCAGCACAUCAUCUUUCCUUCGAAGAGAGGACACCAUCCGAAACUUCCAUGCCAACCAACCAAAGCAGUUUUAUGACACUGACAGGAGUCAAGAAGCCACUUCCUCACUGUUCUGUUUUGGAUGGAAAAUCUAGCGGUGUCUGUGAGUCAAAUGACUUGAGCCUGGUCGAAGAAAAUCCUCAUAGGUAUGAUUAUGGGAGACUUUCACCUACGCUGGGUGCGUUUCUGGCUGAAGGCAGCAAGGAUUUACAUGUUAUCUCUGUUUCUAAUGAUACUGAGAUUUCGAACUCAUCUAAAAGUCUAAGUAGGAACAGUAGGUUUCCCAUGUUCAAUAGGUGUAAGAGUAACUAUAAAGACCUCAAGGAUUCUGGAAGUGAGGAACUGCACAACAUUGUCACCAAUGAUAUGCCGGUUGAAGUGAUUUCUGGUGCCAGCAUGAAAUCGUGUGAGGGACGUGAAGGAUCUGCAACCCCUCCCAUUGACCAGAUCAGUCAUGAUUGUUCAUCUAGUACAAAACAUGCUCAGCCUACUGAUGCUUCAACUGGUGACCAUAGUCAAAUUCUCUGUGACUCAGUGAAGGAGAUGCCCUUAGACAUGAAUAAGGUGCCUGUUAGAGAUGCUCUUGAAGCUAGUGGAUCGAUAUUGGAAGUUGGUGCUUGUAACUGUGCCACCUCGAAACCUCCAAGUAAAACACUUGAUGCCAAUUUGAUCACAGAUCGUGAUUGUGGAUUUUUAGGUGGUCCGAGAACCUUGAGGAGGGAAGGACCUACUGAUGAUGGAAGUCUCACUCCCACAACACUACAGAACUCUCAUCGACAAAGUGGAUCUCCAUGGGCUGGGUCUGUAUCCUUGUUAUGUGCCAAAAGAAGACAACUAUUUUGUGAUGGAACUGUUUCACCAGGUAGUGAACAGUUGUCUAUUCUAUUUGCUCAGAAGCAUCAUUCUUCCUCUUUAAAGAAUGAUAAAAGAGGACAUGGAAUAAUUGAAUCUUCUAUUGAGAAAAGCAUCUCAAAAUUAAAGUUUCUUGAUACUUCCGUUACUGUUGAAGAUGGAUUUGACAAUUUGAAACCUCCAUUCUUUGGUCAUAAUUGUAAACUGGCUUCAAAUGCUACUGCGUUGGGUGAAAAUAGCGAAAAUCUUAAACUAAAGAAACUGGACAUUUCCACUACUGGUUUGGAAGGGUGUUUUUUAUGUAGUGCUCAGAAGAACAGUGAACAGAGAGAUACAGUUAAUAUGGAUGCACAUGGGAGUGAGAUGUCUAAGAACAUUAGAAUGCCUAGACAAGCUGAAAAGGAUGUACAUGUUGUGCAUGAUGGAGAAUUUGAGGAGCAGAUAUCUAACAAUAUGCUCUACAGUGAUCAACCUAGUAAGGCAAUGGCAGUGGCAGUGUUACCUUCCCAGUUUUCAAGCUCUGGAAAGCAAAUGCAGGAGCAUCCUUUGGAAUCUCAUGAUCCUGUCGAAGGAACUUUCAUCACUUCUAGACUUAGUUCGUUAUUAAUAGAUAUUACAGAAGAUGUUAAUGCAAAAAAACAAUUAACUGUUACAUCUGAUAAGUUCUCUGCAUCACCUGAACACACUGGCAUCCUUUCAACGGCUUUGACGCAGCAGGAUCCAAGGAACAAGCUUCGCAGUAGCAGCAGUGAACAAGAUGUAGCAGAUUCAGGAGUAAUUUUUGCCAAUGUGAGUUGUUUGACUCCUGACACCCAAAAAGAUGUCAGUUAUUUGACUCCUGUAGCUGGAGGAUUCGGUUCCUUGGUCAAGCAGAAGAGAUCACAUUCUGACUUAUCCAUCAUUGGGAACAAUAGUAGGGAUUCAAUAAAUGUGGCUAAAUUGAAAGGGAUGGGUGAUAACCAACUCUUUCAUGAUCUGCGAAACGAAUCUGGAAACAUUAUGGAUUGUAAAACACCAUUACAACUUAAUGCUGCUCUGAACUCCCAAUCCAGAAGUCUAGUCCAGAACCAUGGAGCAGGGACAGACCUGUCCAUGUUUAGAAAUAGACUUUCUGAAGAAGACCUUAAAGAAUCUUUAUAUGAGUCUGCUUUCCCAUGUGUGCUUGAAAAGGCUACAACUACACAAUUUCAAAAGGUUCUGGUGGAUCAGAUAACUCAAACCCCCUCCUUGAAAGAGGCAUCUAAUUUUCUAUAUACCGACAGGGUGCAACACUGUGUUGGGAAAGAUUCCCUUUCCCCUAAAUUAGUUAAAUAUUCAGACCAAAAGUGUCAUAGUAGCUCCCGCCAGGAUCUGCAUAUUUUACUGCAAUCAUUACCCGCAUGUGUUGAGAAUUGUGGAAGAAAAAGAAAAAAUGAAGAAGUUAUUCUCAUGGAAAAUAUCGAGGUAGAAGAAGCUGUCAGGACCCAGAAGAGCCCAAAAAUUCUUGAAAUGGAUGGUAGUGUACCAGAGUUUUCUUCCGAACAUUUAACUGUAAAAGAAAAUGAAGUGGACAGGAAUCAAGUUGACAGAGUGCCCAAGCUUUCCUCUGAUGUUUUCUUAAAGUUGUAUGGGGCUAUGAAACAGCUGCUUUCUGAAUCAAGCCAUGAACUUAAUUUAUGGCAGCUUUGCAUUCUGGAAGAUAUUUUGGAUCAGCUGCAAAAGGCUAAAAAGUAUGAGAAGCUUUGUGCUGUGAUCCAGUUUCAGCAGAAAAGGGUAGCCGAAGCAAGAUGCUUGCAACUGAUGCUUGUUUAUGAACAGGCAAAGUUGCAAUUAAUGCGCGUGAAACAUGAGAUAAUGCAGAAGAGAAUAGAGAUGUUGCAGUCAGGGAUUCAGGAAUUUCAAAAUUUGAAGUCAUGUUCUUUGCAUCAUCUCUUUGUGCCUGGUGUUAGAGGUGCUGAAAAUAAGGGAACUUAUUUAACAUCACUUUCUGUUAAUGGCAAAAAUAAGGAAGUAUGUAAUAAAGUAAUCACAAUGAAGCAGGAGAUUGGAGCCUUAGAUGAAAAAAUAAAGUCCAUAAUUGACUGCUUCCAUGAUUCUUGUCACGUUAAAGGUGAACUGAGCUAUGAUGAGUACAUAGUUAUAGUUAAUGAUCAUCUGAAGAAGAGAACAUGUUGCAGUUUUAUUCGUCGGGACUUGCAGCUAUGGAGUGUAGAUGACCUGGAGAAUGAGAGUGGUCAUCACAACAUUGCUCUCAAUUAUCACAAUUUCCUCUUCCAAAGGUUGACAAUAACUGUCCGUCCCAUUUCAAGUAUAGUUGUUGUGAACAAAUUGAAUGAUACAAACAUCAUAAAGGCAUUCCCAAGUAUUAAUGCUUGCGCAGCCUUCACAUUUGUGUUCAAUGCUGAGGCAGCUGACAAGAGGAGCGUCUUUAAAUGUUUGACUGAAGAAACACAAAUUACCAGUUCUCUUUUGGGUAAUUUGUUAGAUGUGGUUGAAGAAGUACAGGCUGCUCGCAUAGAUCUUCCAGAUCUAUUCCAGACAAGUUUUCACUCUCCCUGUGCUAAACAGCUCAAUUUGCAUCUUUGUUUCAUUCAUUUCAAGACUGGUAUGAAGGUGAUCCUGAUUCUUGACAUGACUUAUUUGAAUUGCGGUGUGUAUCCCUCUAAUGUCGUCCCAUCUCUUGUAUUAACUAACAUUCAUGGAGUGGAAACACCAGUGUCACCAUCACCUGAAAUUACAGUGGCAGUUGACAGACUUAAAGCUGGACAUGCGAGGAUAAUAAGGCUUUGUAGGUGUGUUUCCCAGGUGGUUCAAGCUUGGAGCAGGUAGAUUUUGUAAACAAACAUUGUUUUGGUUGCCAUCUGUGUGCUUGGGAAUCUGUUUGUGCAUUGUAUUGCAUAUAUUGAUGAGUUGUCCAAA